ACACAAAUCCCUCAUCUGAAAUUAGGCCACUGACCUUCCAGGAUGACUCAAGCCAAAAUCCAGAGAACUUCAUGAGACUAUUAGAAAAAGAUGCUGAGGAGAGACGACACAGACGGAAGAUGAACGAGGACAAGGCUAAUGUAUUAAGGGAAAAGGGGAAUAAGCGUUCGCUCGAGGUGACUACGAAACAGCUGUUAGGUUUUACAGCGAAGGAUUGGACCAGCUGCGAGACGUGCAGACGCUCUACACAAAUAGAGCUCAGGCCUUUAUCAAACUGAAGAGAUAUAAGGAGGCCAUAAGUGACUGCGAGUGGGCUUUGAGGUGCAAUGGGAGAUGUGUUAAAGCAUAUGUACACAUGGGAAAAUCAUACUCGGCGCUCAAGAACUUCUCAGAGUCUAAAAUAUGCUAUCAAAAGAUUUUAGAGAUAGAGCCGCAGCGUGAGACCAUGGUCAAAGCCUAUAUGGCCCAAGUGGAUACAGAUGAGAAGGCGGCACUGCAGGAACAGGUGGCUUGGAAAGAGCUUCGGGAUGGAACAGAGCAGUACACAGCAAUUCCAGAUCUGCUGAAAAAGCUCAGCAGACCAAAUGAGAUCAAUCUUUACUACUGCGGUGGACUGGAGCUGCUCUCACGGGCUAUUAAAGACUGUACCGGGCAGACAUUAUUCAGAUUAAACAAUGGCUUCAGUGUCAUUAAUGGAAAAAACAUUGAAAGGAGCUGUCUUUCACAGAAUUUAAAAGAACCGUGUGCGGUGGAUCUAUGCUUGUCUGUCAUCAAACUAUGGAGGACAGUUUGUGAUGGAAACGAGCAAAACCAACUGAUGCUAAUGGAGUGUCCUGAUGCAAGAGAAUACAUUGUCCAGCUGUUGGCAUCACCGGUACAUGACAUACAUCGGGAAUGCCUGGAAUUGCUCAGAAUGUACUCACAGACUCGGCACGGACGGGAUUUGGUCAUCAACAACCUGGAUUUAUAUCGAACGGCAGAGGCCCUGAUGGGCCGCAUUCGCCGGGAUACGAGCUCAGCCUCUGCGCUGGCUGUUCUGGAGAGCUUGGCUGCAGAAAACAAAUUUAAAAUUCAGUUGAGGGAAAAAUUCAUAGCCAUAUUUGCCCUUCCUUUCGAGCAUCUGCUGUCAAACAUUGGGACGGCCAACCACGAGACGCUAGCCUCCUUAAUCUCUGUGAUCGGACGUUUGGCUCUCGAUGAUGUCAUUGGAGUUAAGCUGGCCAAUCGUUCCGAAUUUUGGAUAUGCUUUCUCCAAACCACGGAGCGCCAGGUUGGCUGUGAGUGGAGAUGUGUCCUUUAUCCCUUCCUGGGUUUGAUGAUCAACGUAGCCUCACAUCCUUGUCAAGUGACCCAGGAUUAUGCUGUUUUGGCCAGCAGCAGGUGCUUGGAACUGCUGAGCGAUUCCCAAGGAGGCAUUAUCACAAGAGCGGCAGGUCUGCUGAGUGUCCUCCUCCCAACGUCUCGCGCCGCCACUCAGGAAGUCGUGCAGAACGGGAUAGUGAAGAGACUGCUGAAGAUUCUGAAGGUAGGAGGAGAGAUGAGCUCCAGAUAUUCCAUUAAAGCCCUGGCAGUCUGCACUGCGUCUAUGCCACAGGCCUGUGAGGAGCUGGUUAAGCUUGACAAGAGGCUGCACACAUUGAGAAAACUUCUUGGCAGUAUUGAUGAGGUGGUAGUGGGGAAUGCAGCUCUGUGUAUAGGCCAUUGCUUGGGAGCAGAUGAAGCUGCUAGUAACCUCCUGGGCACAGACUGCGUGUCACUGCUGCUACGCCAUGCUGCUGGGGACGCCAAGAGAACGGCCGUCCAGCAGAAUGCAGCCAUUACCCUUGGGAAGCUGUGCAAAGCAGAGCCCAGGCACAUAGCGAAACUCAGGGAGCUCCAUGGUUUAGAGAUCCUUCACUCCUGUGUGAGAUUAAUCACAUGAGCCUCUACCCUCGCUCGCUUGCUUCUUCAGUCAAUGACCUCAUAACUCAGGGCAUGCAUGCAAACACACUCACACGCACGCACACACACACACACACACACACACACACACACACAUAAUGGAUGCUGCCCUUCACUUCGCAGCUACGAUCUUAAGUGAGGUCACAAAUUAUCCUUAAGGCCUAUCUUGAUUUUGCAGCUGUUUCCUGUUUUCAUUUUAAUUAGAGAGAAUCCACACUGACAUGUGACUCUGUUAUUUGCUGUUGUAGAGAACAUGUUGCCCCAGGACGAUAUUCACAAUGUUUCAAUUUCCUUUCAUCCUAAAUGACUCACUUGGCAAGUGUGCUGCUUUGAUUACACCGCUCUCUGUUUGUUGAUAAAUGGAUUAACGGCAGCUUUCAUGUGUUGAAUGGAAAUGAUUAAUAAAACUGC